GCGGUGCCGUGUUCUGCUUUGCUUGCAUUUGAGCUAGCUACCCACCUAAUCCGGCUCUUUCGUACGAUAUGCGACUGUCGCAAUUCUGUCAACGGUGCCCGUAAAUUUGAUUCGACCUCACAGGCCUAGGAUCAAGUCAUCAAGGUCACAACACGCUCGAAUUUGCCCCGUCCCUUCAGAGAAAUACGCCAGCACGCCUUGCAAGUUGCAAGUUCUGCUUCCUCCACCUAAAGCUUCAACUACUAAUCGACCCAUUCUCCAUCGAGGUCACCGCAGCUUGGCUUGCAACGCGUAUCUUAACAUACGCUUCGCGCCACGUACGCAGUAGUCGACACUUCAGUUGCAAGUCGCUUGCAUGUUUCUGCGCAAGGACGCUCACAACCACGAUGUAUGGCCACGAAAGCGGCUCAAUAGCCGCGUAUCAAAGUUAUGAUCGAUAUGGUGGGGGACAAAGAGGUGGCUACACACAAAAUACAAGCUCAGGAGGAAAGCAAGAUCACUUGUACAGCCAGCAGAAACCCGCAAGAGGGCAAUACUACCCAGAGCAGACGCAAGGGUAUAGCCAGCAGCAAGGUUACUCUAGCUUUUACAGCAAGGCUGGAGCGCAGAAUGGCUACUCGUUGACUGCAGAAGGAGCCUCCCAAUCAUCUUACUUCCAAGAUAGCAACACAUCGCCCUACUCGACACCUUAUCUUGACGACGCACCUGUGGGUGCCGGAGGUGGGGCUGGACAAGAUGCAGCAUGUAACAUGGCAGGCUUUGGUGCGCGCAAAUUCGCGGAACAGCAGCGCAAGAUCGAGGAGUAUCGCUUGCAAAAGCAAAGAGAAGCCGAGGAGGAUGAGCGUCGGCGCCAGGAAUGGAACUGGCAGCAGCGCCGAGAAGUGGAAGAGGCAGAGCGGCGCAGAUUGGCGGAGCAAAACCAAUACAAAGAGAAUGAAAGGAGGCGAAGGACGGAAGAAGACUUCCGGCUGGUGCAACAACAACAGGAAGUGCAGCGGCGACAGCAAUUACAGCAGCAGCAGCUUUGUGAGGAGGAAAUGAAGCGCCAGCAGUACGAGCGGCAGGCCCGUGAGCGAGAAGCGGCACGUCACCAGCAACAGCAACAGCAGGCGGAUUGGUCCCGCUAUGUUGUGCAGGAUUCAAAAGGGUCAGCGGCUGUGCCUUUGGCUUUGUCAGCACCCGCGUCCGCAAAAGCUAGCUCACGAGUGAGCGAGUAUUGCCAGCUUGUUGACGAAACUUAUCAGCAACACGUCCGUGACGGACAUGCUUCUCGUGCCGCAAACGAAGCAGACACCGCACGGUAUACGCAGUACACCGUCACAGAUCACCAAUAUCAUCGCGAUACGUACAAACCCGGGCAGAAUCCACAGCUGGAGGGCAAUGCAAGCCCUGGACCAGCAGCGCAAGCGCGGCGAUCAGUAUCUCGAGCAACCAUGUACGUGGAAGCGGAAGAUCUUCCGAAAGCCAAAUGCGCCGACUGUGGACUUCAAAUCAGCUUCGAAGAUCUCGGGACGCAUCAUUGCGCUUCUAUCGUCGAACGCAGCAACAGUGCCAUGAGCUGUUCAUCGUCCGUUUAUUCAGGCUCACAAAAGGCCUCCUCACUCAAUCCACUUUCUCUCAAGAUCCGGCGGCCUGGGUUCGUCGACAUCCGGAAUGUCCCACAAACUGCUCACAGCAUGGACAGCGAAGCGAAAAGUCCGUUCCUCGACCGCUAUGAUUCAGUAUUUGCGGGUAAGAACAAGGGUCCGAACUCGCCGGCUUUUCUGUCCAACUUGCUCGAUAAUGAUCCCUACCGGAAUAUGCCAAAGUCUGCGCCACCGACGACAAAGUCAUUCGACGAAGCCGCAGCUCAGAGGGACGAGGAAGUGCGCAUCCGCGAAGAGCGCAAAAAGCAGAUUGCGGCGCAACGUGAGGCCAAAAAACGUGGCGGUGCAGGCGCCACGGCAGAUGUCAUCAUCGCAGCAAUGCUCUUCGAGGAUGCUGCAAGUGCAAAAUCUCGUCAGGUUCUAAAAGAUGAGGUACCAGCCUCUGCGAAAUCGAAAGAUUGGGAGCGCCAGAGGCAAAAGGAAAGGGCGAAAGGGUCCCGUGCAGCUGAGCUACAGCGGCAGGAGUCAUCGAGUGCAUCAUCUGUGUCCAGUGCGCAAUCGUCGCUACUUGGGGCCGUGAAUCAAACCGGGAAUUCGAAGCGUGCGCGUGCCGGCUCAUUUGACACAUCUGGUGGUCAGAGCUCGGUUAUGACCCCGAGCUCAAGCUAUGAGCACUUUGGCCAAGGCGCGCAUGAUUCGCCGGCAUCCAAGAGCAGCAGAAAGACGCCCGGGCGAACCGUAUCCCCUAUCAUGGAGCGCCGGCUGAGCCAGGAGGGCGCUUCACAUGAUGACGAGGAUAUCACCGGAUCUGCUAAUGUUGACAGCUCGCGCAAGCAUUUAAGCCCGCGCAAGAAGUCUGACGUCGACAUUGCCGGGAUCGAAACGCUCAUGCGUGACUUGGAGGGCCCUACUUCUCCCAUGCCAGCGCGCAGAGGGACAGAGCCUGAUCUCGUCAGCCAUGCAAAGCAAGCGAGCAAUUUGCAAUUAGAGUCGCACCCUGUUAAGUCUUCUCGUAGUCACACUACGCCGACGCCUGAGCUCUCUCGCCCAGCGACGUUCAAGAAGAGCAACGCAGAUAUCGGCCCCAAGGGGGGAAGAGAGUGGAGCUGCAGCAAGUCCAAACGCCGUUGCUGCAUCUGCAGCUGCUCAUUGUCUUCGUCCAAGACGCCGUUCGUCGAGCGCGACGGCCAGUUCUUCUGCGCGAGGGACUACGCCAGACGCUAUCUGCCUCGAUGCCGCAAAUGUGGCGAGCCGGUUGAGUCAAAUGCGGUCAAGUCGUCCGACGGGGCGCUGCGCGGCAUCUUCCACCGCGCCUGCUUUACGUGCUUCCACUGCGACAUGAAGUUCGAGGACGGGACGUUCUAUGUGUAUGAGAACAGUCCGUACUGUUGUGAGCACUAUCAUCUGCGCAACGGCACGCUCUGCGAAGGAUGCGGGGAAGGCAUCGAAGGGCUUUGCAAGCAAACCGAAGGCGGCGAGCGAUACCACACCCAUUGCCUGACAUGCCAAUUCGUGGGGAUGUCAGAAGCCGACAAGGGUGAAUUUUGCCAAGAGCCACUGGAUGACUUUUAUGUCAUCAAUGGUCGACGUCUCUGCGACUGGCAUGCCGAGCGGACGCAGGCGCACAUGAAGAAGGCCGGCCAUACAGUCAAUGCGCGCAAGCGGCGGACGAUGAUCUGCGAUCUCAAGUGAUCAAGCGGCCAACUCCUCUUCUCGCUACCUGAUAUUAUUAUACUCCCUGGUUUGAACAUUCUUCCGUUUGCACGUUUGCAGUGCCGCGAACCUUGUGGACAAUCGAUUCGACAUUUGAUACCAGCUGCCUCGGGUCAGCAAUGCGUCGACUGCGGUUCGACCACCUUAGGCCAUU